AUGGCCCACAUCAUCCAAGACGACGGCUUUGACGGCGGCAAUGAGGAUGCCCGCCCACUCUAUGACGAUGGCACCAUGUUGGAUAUUAACUUUGGCAGCCUCCGGUUUUUGGUCGAAGGUGUGAUGGAGACGUUGCUCUUUGUGCAUCAUCGGCCACAGAACCGUCUCAUCCUUCGUUCCAGUUCCAGACAGUCCCAUUUCUCUGGUUAUAGCCCCGAAGAAGCAACACGGCUCAUGACGGACUUGUUUUCACAGUUGUCCACUGGCUUUCGCUUCGAAUCGAUUCGACUUACGAACUUUUCGUUUGAGAUUCCAAUUCGUUCCUUGGCACAGCUAGUACAGCAAUCCAAGUCCACGCUGCAACAUUUGGCUCUGACAGACAUGUUUCUGUCGGGGUUCGAGGAGGAAGCGUCGGUGCAAGCACUCCUUGCGGCUCUUAGCGAUUUGCCAAACCUUGAGACCGUUCAUUUGGUGGCAGGGGUUUCAAUCGGUCGCAACCCGGCAGCUUUGAGAGUUCUCUACAACAGAAUCGCUUGUGCGGUCGCAUCUCAAGCAAGGCAUCUUUCCAUUGACCUUGUAGAUCUGAUUGACCCCGCCGAAAUAAUGAGACAUUUUCCACCGUGGGCGUUCCUAGCACAAGACGGCAGUGAUAUCCUGGACGCCAUGCACGAAACAGAACUUGAGUUUGUUCGGCGCACUAGGAAGAGUGUUGGAACAACCAAAUAUUGUCCUAGAACAGUUGAAUCUCUCUCUCUUUGA